UUUCUCUUUUUUUAUCCAGGCUAAUAUUCAGGCCGGUGCUGCAAUUUCAGAAUCUGCCCUUGUAUAUGGCGGACGAAAAUUUCCACAGGAGGAACCGCAACACUAACCCCCUGUUCACGGCGUAGAAACAGCUCGACGAAACCUUCAAAUUCAACACUCAAAUACGCCAUCUUAGCUUUACUAAAAUGUAACGUAGCGGGUCGCAGCGAAGGCGAAACCCCCCCGCUAUGGUGAAAUUUUUAUCAUUUGGAAUUUCUCAUAACUAAUUCACAAUUUUUUUUUUUUUUUUGAGGAAGCAGUUUUUUUGUGCCGUCACCUCUGGUCGGGGAGGGAGGAUUUUCUGGAGCACGAGCCUGUUUCGCAUGAGCUGCAUCGCAUUUAGAGAAACACAGCCUCAGAGGAGGUGGAGUCAUGAGCGCACAGGAGGCACCUAAUCCUGGGCAGGAGCAGGCUGAAAGUGGGAAUGGGACUGCAGCCACAGAUAAACCUACAGCCACGAGUAGUACUCCACCGACAGUUUCUGUAAAGAAAGAGCCCGGGACCUCAGAGAAGAGCAACGGGAAAGUUGGAGAUGUCAAUCCUGCUGAGAUCUGUGUCGUUAUUGGAGGGAAAGAUGGAGGAUCAAAUGAUGGUGCAACCCGUAGAGCUCAAACCGAGGGUAUGUUUGCCCUUGGUACUCCUCCUCCAACGAAGAGCACUGACUCAUGCAUAGGUUCGUAUGUAUGUGCAGUGUGUGGAAAGAAGUACAAGUAUUACAACUGCUUUCAGACACACGUCAGAGCGCACAGGGAAUCAGAGAGCAUGGUUGGAGAUGGUCUCCCUCAGACACCUAAUAGUAGCUUCCGUUACUCUUGUGACAUCUGUGGCAAGAAGUAUAAAUACUACAGCUGUUUCCAGGAGCAUCGUGACUUGCAUGCAGUGGAUGAUCCAUAUGAACAGGUGGUACUACCUGUUGAUGGCCUUAAAGAGGAGGAGCCAGUUGAGCCCUAUCAGAAAAUUGGACCAAAAACUGGGAGCUAUGUUUGCGAGUUCUGUGGAAAGCAAUACAAAUACUUCAACCCGUACCAGGAACACGUUGCUCUUCAUACACCAUUGGAUUCUUUUGUUAAAGGCUCAUUCGAUUUGAAGACCUCACGGGCGCAGGAAUGUGGAACUCUAGACAUGAGUAAAUUUACCCACAGCCAAGCUAGUAAAAUAAAAAGUCUGAGCAAAGCUUUGAGCAACAGCCCAUUUAGGCGGAAAUUAGAGGGUGCGAUUCAGACGAGCUUGGUUGAUACAAACAGUUCGCAGAACUCAAGUGCAGGAACUCCAAGCCCUCUGGUGGCCACUGCCUUCUCUACAACACAAAGGCCCUACACUUGUGGUGCCUGUGGCAUCCAGUUCCAGUUCUACAACAACCUCCUGGAGCACAUGCAGUCGCACGCUGCUGAUAAUGAGAACCACACCAAAGGGGACUCGCCCAAAACCUCUUCAGCAUCGGGUCCUCAAGAGCAGCUGUGGAGAGGGUCCCAGGCUCAGUCCCAUCCCUCAGUGAAACUGCAAAUCCAGCCUCAAAGUAUCUCUCAGAGGAACCAUACACUUAACCAGAAUAAUGGACUACCUGAGAAGGAGAGACAGCAGGUGGCUGAGCGACUAUUACGGGUAAUGUGCUCUGAUUUGAACAUGCUCAAUGUUCUAAACAGCAAAGACUUCCUGAAGCUGGCACAGACCCUUGUGGACACUGGGGCUCGUCAUGGUGCCUAUUCCACCCGUGAUGCACUUGGCAACAUGAGUUCCUUAGCGCUGCGCCAGCUGCCCCGCAUGUACAACCAAGUGAAAGUCAAAGUCACAUGUGCUUUGGGCUCCAAUGCUUCACUGGGCAUCGCCGUGACCUGCCACUCCCAGACCUCUGGACCAGAUGCCUGUUAUGUUCUCACAGCCUACCAGGUGGAGGGGUCCAGGCUCAAACGCUAUGUGCUCGGUGUACGGGAAGCUGAGCUGAGGGAGGGGCCUGAGCAGAUUCACCACUGGGUGCAGAACGUUCUGUCUGAGUUUGUCAUGUCCGACAUCCGAACCGUUUAUGUCUCCGAGCCUCGACUGUGGGCAGCUGGGUUUGCAGGAUCACCUCUGGGGGGCGGUGGCCGGGGCAGGAUAUGUUUGCGGUGUGCAGGGUGUUCGCUCGGAGCAGUUGUUCAGGCGGUUCUCGGGAAGCGCAGCCUCCAGGCUCGAGGGCUUCACGAGUUAGCUGAGCUCCUUUCAACCUGCAGAGAUAUUGCCUCCUCUACUACGCUGGCUCUUCGUGAGGAACAUUGCUUCAACACGUCAACAAGCACAACUGAGGAAAGUACACAAGGCUCCCCUGCACAAUGCCCCACUCCACCAUGCUGGGAUCGCAUGGCAGAGGCCCUCCUGCAGGUCCAUGCACACUUUGAACACAUUUGUGAGGCCUAUGGCCGCAGUAAGUCCACAGCUCCACUUCUUCAAGGACUUAACAAGCAUCUGCUAAGCACUCUGGCCUGUCUGCUGGCACCACUUCGCCUGGCAGCUCUGGAGCUGAGCAGCCAAAGGCGACCUACCUUACAGCAAGUCCUGCCCGUCUACUUGCGCUUGGAGAAGUUCUUCACUUCUAAAGCUGGGGAGGCUGGGACCGGCACAGCUAGCAAACUCUGCCACUAUUUCCUUGAAGCACUCAAGGAAAACUUCAAGGUUGAAAGAGCUCAUCAGGUAGCCAUGGUCCUGGACCCUCAGCUAAAGCUGCGUUCAGUGCCAGCCUACCAGCAUGAGGACAUCAUUUCCCGUGCCUGUGAAAUGGCUACGGAAAGCAGGGAUGGAGGUCUGAGUGGUGGAGGUGGUUCAGGGGGAGAAGAGCGGGACGCCGAUGGCCCCCCCACCCCUAAAAUAAGCCGUAUGGAUGGCACAGGAAACAACGGCGGACCCUCAAGAGUAACCUCCCUGGUUUCUGGGAACGAUGAAAGUCCCGGCCAAGUCAGACAAGAGAUUUUUCAGUACUUGGCCGAACCUCUUGUCCAAGGCACGCCAGACCUCUUCCAGUACUGGAGCUCAACAGUGAUUGAGAAGUUCCCCAGGCUCGCUCGCUUGGCCCUGUGGCUCCUGGCCGUUCCUGCUGUGGGCAUUCGUAGUGAGUGUGUGUCUGUGUGUGAACAAAGCCUGGCAAUGAAGAGGAGACAGCAGGUCACUGCUGAGGAGAUGAACAAGCUCAUUUUCCUUCGCUCUAAUAUGGGUUAGAAAACAACCCAGAGAUCAACCAAACCAUCAUCCAACCAAUGACUUAAAACAUAUUUAUGUACUAUAGGUUUAAACAAACAUCAAUGUGCAAGAAACUAAGGACACCUCAAGGCAGAAUAAUACAUAAAAACUCCUAUAGCAUAAAUGGCUUUUUACAUAUUUUGUGAGGACCGGACUGUUGUAAAGUACAGAGAUCAAAGAGCAUGGGUGGAAUGGUAUCUCUCAAUGUUCAGAACGCACCUGUGAGCUGGAAGGAUUUCAUCGUUCAGUCAGUGGUUUGAAUGACUCAAGCCUAAUGAUUAAACCUCUUCAAGGCUAUGAUGCUGUUACUCUCACUGGUUGACAACAUUUUCAGGUAAUUAGAGCUCUCACUGCUUCGGCCUGCUGUCACCGACCUCUGGAAAAACAAAAACACACACCUACUUCUCAAAACAAUUCAGGAGGGAGAUAACGGCUAACUACUGUAGCAGUACCUUCACGACGUGGAACAAAAGACGUACGUAGUGAGCCUUCACUGCCACUGCACCUCCGGUUUAAGUUUAGGAGUUUCUCGCACAACCCACAAAAAAAUAAAAAUAGUUCCUCAGCUUAGUCAACAUUGGAAGAUGGGCGGAAAGCAGAGCUUAAUCGUCGCAGAUGCUUUGAUGGCCAGAACAUGUAGCAGUGGAGGAUUUGCAUGCACUGCAUGCAUUUUACUCAACAGAGAAGGAAGGCCUCUUCCUUUUUUAAUACAAAGUUUUAGGAAAGCUUUUUUGUUUUGUUUGUUUGGUUUUUUUUUUUUUUUGCUUAAGCUGAAAUUCAUAGAUUUAAGCUGAAGGAUUAAAAGAGAAAUACAUCAAUUUAAAUGUUUAUUAGAUUUUUUAAUGACAUUAUUUAAUCAUACCUAUUAUAGCUGGAUUAAAACUAAACAGAAUCAUGUAACCUUUUAAAAUAAUACACUCUUAAACAUGUUAUUGUUUUUAAAACUACACAUUCCGGCUGAUUUGUUACUUCAAGACAUUAUAAGGUUGAUUGGACUAGCUUAAUAACAGUGACCAGUGCUGGUACUUCAGGAAUGCCACAUCAUUCUGCACCCUAACCAACCAUAAGUAGCGUCAAUGCAGUCUAUUUACAUUCACACAUUGUUACUGUCAGUUCAACAGCUUCUCGUUUGAAGAGCUAGCUUGCACAAAUUUUAUCCACAAUAGCAUCUUCUCACAGGUAUGUGUAUUUAUUUUUUUUUAAGCUUGGUUAGAAGAAAAAUGCUGUCCAUUGGAAGGGUGUUGGUUUAUUUAUUGUUGCUUCCCAGUUUUAUCAUUAUAAUAUAAACAUUGUCUUCCUAUUUUGAGCUAUAGAUUUCCAUUUUUAAAGCAAUAAGCUUUAACACAGCACAUGGUUCCCGUUAUCUGACUGUUCUCUGGACGCUCCUGUGGUCAUUAAUCUGCAUCAAAUUGUUUUAAUGUUUGUAAAAUCAAUAGGAUUUUCUCAGGAAUGAGCACAUCCGAGCAGGCACCGCCACUUUUUUCCUCACUGUACCUAAAAGAAACCAAACUGUGACCUCAGUGCUGAGGUGGAUCUCAAACCACGGCUUUCUGUUGCAACCAUUCCACCCACAGUAGAGCAGGUGCCAUCAUAACGAAAGGAAAGAAGAAACACUGAUUAUUUUUUUUUUUUUUUUUAUCUACCAUUUUAUUCGGUAAACUAAAAACAAACAUAUUCAUAUUCAUUAGGUGAGUGUACAUUGGAUUGUGCUGAUACCUCCCUAAAUGAUUUGGAAGGAUGGAAACUGCUGUUUGUUGCCUUUGGUAAUAACUAAUCAAGUUCUCAUUUGUUUUCUGUUUUUUGGCCUUAAGUCUCUUCCACAACUCAACCUGUAACCCUUCAGUUAUCUUGCCUUUGUUUUGUAAAAUAGUUGCCUUCCUUUUAUUGCUUUAUGUUCGGCUUUUGCUCCUCUGUUUUCGCCCAAUCAUCUAGACUUACCAGGACUUUAUAGCUAUUAAUGGCAUCCUCUGGUGUCCACAUUGUGAUCUCUCUUUUUUUUUUUUACUUGUACAACUGUGCUACUUAAGAAGUGCUUUAUUUAUGUGUUUUAUUAGGUGGAAUCAGCUGAGCUUUAGUGCUCAUAAAACAGGUCAGUAAUAAUUUAAGCAUAAACACAUCUAUCCUCUAUAGAAAGUUAAAAUGACUCAUUGUGAGCCCUGAAUUUCAACAUUUUCAUUUCUUCAUUGUUUUACACCGAAAGACUUUUUAAAACUGAUACUGUGAUUGAGAUUGUAUUUUCACACAGCUUGAAUUAUACCUAUUAAUCCUAAAUGCUGCAGUGCAGUUAUUUAUUUUUUUCAUUGUUUUCUAAAAAAGUACCCCUUCACUUUUUGUAAAUCUUAACACUAAUAUUUCAACACAUCCCAAAGUCCUUUUACCGCCUUAUUCAGUGGGAUAUAUUUGACAUUUUGCAGGUUUAAGGUGGUGUCCCAUUCAUUUUAGUUGAAGCCUUUACGGGGAAUUCAUUUAGACAUCCAUUCACUAUCGCAGCACAAUAACAGUUCUCAGCAGUUAACGUUCUUGCAGAAACACAGAUGUACUGUACUCAGAAACCCCAUCACAACACUGUUAGCACUCACUUUUGCACAGACUACAUCACACUAAUGGAGAUCAGUGAUCUUAGGACAGCUUAGUGCAGGGCUGCUUUGUUCAAUGUGAAUGUAAGUGCAAAAAAAUGAAAGAACAUCUGUGCUAAUAGUUUUUAUUAAAAAAAAAAACAUCCUCACACAAUUGACUAAUCUUUCAUCAGGAUCUCAGAACAGAACCACUUCUUUUUUCCCCUUUAUGAUUGGUAUUUAUUUCAAAAAACACUAAAACCUGACAAAGAUCAGAGGUUUUGCUUUGCAAACUUUUUGUCAGCUACAGUUUUUUUUUUUUUUUAUUUGCAGUAGCCGUUGGGUUUUCUAAACCGCAGCACCUUUUUUAAAAGCUUUGUCCCCCUUUUAUGGUUUUAGAGUAUUUUUGAUUUUGUUUAUGAUAUUUUAGUAAAAAAGAGAAGGAAAAAAAGAAAAAAAAAUGACUAAAAAAAUCUGUAUGAAAUACACCAAUCAAAUGUUUUACCUCAGAACUCAGAAAGCAGUAAUUUCAAGGAACCAGAUCAUCAUAAAAAUGUUGGUUGCAUUGAAUAAAUGCUCAAAAUCCUGUACAUGGUUGGUGGUUUCAACAAUAUUCCUGGGCUUAACUGAUGAAGGCAUUUCUCUCACUUUUUUUUUUCAUUUACCAAUAGGAUAUGCUCUGGGACAAAACGCCAUUGUUGACAAAAAAAAAAAAAUAACUUUCCUAGAAAUAGUGUUCUUUUUGUUGAUCAAAUGAAUAGUAUAACUAAGAUAUGCAUGCUUUUAAUAAGAGUAAUCAUAUAUAAUGUUGUUAACUGGUGUUUCUCAUCAGAUGAAAAUGAAUCUUUUCGGCUCCAAGAUGAUGUUGCUUUAAGGUACGCUGAUUUUCUUCUGCCUGUCAGGGUGGGAGUAGCUGUUCUGCUUUCUGGCUGGUGUUUAGAGGUUGACAUCAUCCCUUUUCAGAGAUGGACUUUGUACAUACAGGAGAACUGCUGUUUUUAUGCCACAAGGGGGCGCCUUCAUUCAAGAGAAAAAGUAGGGAGCACCAAUAACAUUAUACCUCUUUUUUCUACAGUAGCAUUUCAGAAAGUUUUGAUAAAAUAGACAAGUCAGCUUAGAUACUAAUACUAGAAAAACUGAAUUCAGUUGUAAGUUUUGUUUUGUUUCAGGAUUUUAACUUAUUCAUAUAAUAAAAAAAAUCAGUUGUGAAGUUGUGGUAUAUGAAUGCUAACAUGGAGAUCUGUUCAACUAGUUUAUUAAUUCAGGUUAAGACUCGGUGUUGCUUUCAUCCUAUUUUAAAGGCAUUUCCUCUUUUUUAUACUCUGCUAAACUGCAAAAAAAAAAUGUUGGAUUAUGUUCAGCUAGUCUUUUUAUCGCACUUUGGCAGCAGACUUCUGUGUAGAUUCAGAUCUGAGUUGUCUUAUUAGUAAACCUAAUUUAUACUUUUGUAGCAACAAUAUUUUUAUAUAACGGCAAAGAAAAGGUUCAGUCUUUUUUGCUUUGUUCCAAUUUUUUUUUUUCCUGUGACAUAUAUGACAGCGCUGUUCAAUGUUUCUUGAAUACAUUACCCUCUGUAGUAUGUUAUGUGUGAAUAAACUUAAAAAUUCUGUGUGACAAAAGUCCCUGUA